AGCGACCGCCUUAUCCAAAUCUCACCGUUCUGUCAUCCGACGGAAGUCUCCGCAGCGCGAAGACCAUGGCGGCCAUCUAUCCUCUCUCCGCUUCCAUCUCUUCCCGGAGAUCCCUCCCUGGCUUGUCUCUCCCCCUCAAUCCGCUCUUUCCAGUACUCCACCGGCGAAGCAUCUCUCUGUCGUCGAAGCGGCUCACCGUCUCGAGGAAGUCCAUCAGGGCCGUGGCCGAGGGGGAGGCAGCGAACCCGUUGGAAGACCCAGCUACUGACACAGUCGUGGCCGCAGCGACGGAGGAGGAAGAAGGAGCGACGGUUGCCGUCCCCGUCUCUCCGUCGGAUCUCCUCACCAUGUACUUCCAGGCCGAAGGAACGAUGGAUGAAUCGGCGAUUCCUGUCGUGAGCAAGGCAUUACAGGUAUCGGAAGGAAUCAGCGAUGUGAGUGUUCGAGUAGAUGAGGGCAUUGCCACUGUUGAGCUAACUAAACAGACAACAGUCCAGGCAACCGGAGUGGCUUCCAACUUAGUGGAGAUUAUUCAAGGAGCAGGCUUCAAGCUGCAAAGCUUAAAUUUAAGUUUCGAGGAUGAAGAGGAUGCUGUUGCUGUCCGCUAAUACACUGUUUUGGAGCAUAACCCUGUAGUAAAAUGAUUUCAAGGUCUUUUAGGGUGCGUUUGGUUCAAGUUAUCAUGUAUAAUCUUGGUUAUGUUAUUACCUGAUAAUCACAUAACUAAGAUUAUGGGGAAUAAAAUAUAACCAAAUGUUGUUUGAUUCAA